UGCACCCAUCUCUUAUUUAUUUAGGUGUGGGAAAAAAAAAAGAAAAAAGAGAGAGAAAUACAAAAAGGACCCAACAAAUCCUACGACAAAUCCUAAUCCUCCCCCAGAGGCCCAGAGCAGAGGUGACUACUGCUGCUUACAAACUCAUUGAGGGGAUCGAACAGAACGUUAUCUGGCGGCCUUUGUCUGGAGGUGUCCUCCGUUUGCGCCCACAAUCAGCUGCGGUGUUCCGACAAUGGAGGGGUUGGCUUCGCUGAAUACGGCGACUAGGGUUGCGAUCGGGGUCGGGCCUUCGCUUCUCAGGGACAAGCAUUUCGCCAAGUCUUCCCCUCCUCCGUCGAUUGCGAUGAUCAACCACAACAGCCCCCGCCUCCCCUCCAUUCGAGCUCAGCAGUCGGAGACAAGUGAUGGAGCAAGUACAGUAACAGCGGUGAGCGAGUCCCCAGAGAAUACUCUGAAGGCCAAGGAAUGGGAGGUCGGGAUGCUUCAAGACGAGGUAGCUGCUAGCCAGGGAAUAAGAAUACGACGGAGGCCGCCUUCUGGACCACCUCAGCACUAUGUGGGGCCCUUCGAGUUCCGCUUGCAGAAUGAAGGCAACACUCCUCGGAAUAUCCUGGAGGAAAUCAUAUGGCACAAGGACAUCGAAGUUUCACAGUUAAAAGAGAGACGGCCCCUCGUGACACUUAAGAAAGCUCUUGACUCUGCUCCUCCGGCAAGAGAUUUCAUUGGAGCUCUUCGAGCUGCCCAUGCAAGAACUGGACUUCCUGGGUUGAUAGCUGAAGUGAAAAAGGCUUCUCCAAGCAGGGGAGUGCUGAGGGAAGAUUUUGAUCCGGUUGAAAUCGCUCGAGCUUAUGAAAAAGGUGGAGCAGCGUGUUUGAGUGUCUUAACAGACCAGAAGUAUUUUCAGGGAGGCUUUGAGAAUCUGGAGGCAAUAAGAUAUGCUGGAGUCCAGUGCCCUCUUCUGUGCAAAGAAUUCGUCAUUGAGGCAUGGCAGAUCUAUUAUGCCCGGACAAAAGGUGCUGAUGCCAUUCUCCUGAUUGCAGCUGUUCUGCCUGACCUCGACAUUAGAUACAUGGUCAAGAUUUGCAAGAUGCUUGGUCUGGCAGCUCUUGUUGAGGUGCAUGAUGAGAGAGAAAUGGAUCGUGUUCUUGGAAUAGAGGGAGUUGAACUCAUUGGAAUCAACAACCGUAACUUGGAAACAUUUGAGGUGGACAUCAGCAACACAAAGAAGCUCCUUGAGGGUGAACGUGGCGAACUGAUCCGUCAGAAAGGCAUACUUGUUGUUGGUGAGUCGGGAUUGUUCACGCCCGAUGACAUUGCUUAUGUCCAAGAAGCCGGUGUUAGAGCAGUUUUGGUUGGAGAGUCCAUCGUUAAGCAGAGUGACCCAACCAAGGGCAUUGCUGGCCUCUUCGGAAGAGACAUUUCAGUGUGAGGGCAAAGCGUAAGUUAUAUAGAUGAACAUGAAUGUACCUUGUACAAACAAGUUCGGGUGUCGGAUAUUAGGUUUGCCAUCGUAUCAAUUGUUGCCCCUUCUUGUGUCCAGCGAACUCGGAGUGAGAGAAACAGACAAGAACUAGUUUAACACAAAUGUCCUGUUGUUUCAUUGUUCCUAAUAAAUAUCAGUGAAAGAUUUUAUUCCGUUUC